AUGGGUAAUAGGACCCAGUACUUCAAUUGCGGAUCUAGAAGCGACCCAUGGGACUACAUCUUGGACAACCCACCCACAAAAAUCAACAAACACACCAAAGUCUACGACAUCGACCUAUUUGACAGCUCAACCCAACUCAUCAACAACCUCCAUUCCCAAAGCAAGGUUGUCAUAUGUUACUUUUCAGCAGGAACAUAUGAGGAUUGGCGGCCCGACGCUGCCAAUUUCUCUCAAGCUGAUUUAGGAAACAACUUGCACGAUUGGAAGGGGGAACGGUGGAUCAAUAUCACAUCACCGCGGGUUCUCGAGAUUAUGAAACUGCGAAUACUGUUGGCCAACAGUAAAGGAUGUGAUGCAGUAGACCCGGACAAUAUCGAUGCAUACGAUAACAAAUCCGGGCUCAAUUUGACACAAUCCGAUUCCAUCGCGUACAUUAAAAAGUUGUCUGAUAUUGCCAAAAAGUAUGAUUUGGCUAUUGGAUUGAAGAAUGGUGGCGGUAUUGUGGAAGCAGUGUUACCGUAUGUCGAUUUCGCAGUGCAGGAACAGUGUGGCCAGUACAAAGAGUGCAAGAAGUAUCAGCCAUUCAUCCAUGCUAAGAAACUAGUGUUUCAUGUAGAGUAUCCACCAAAGGUGAAGUCAAAAUUAAAGACCAGAUUUGAAUCCAAACGGAGUAAAUUUCAUUGGCCUUCAAAAACGUAUAAAAAGUAUUGUUCCUUCAAAAACACCAAGGGGUUUUCGAGCAUCUUAAAACUGUUGAAUUUGAAUGAGUGGGUUUACCAAUGUCCGAAUAAAUAG